UGAACCGAGGGAAUCCAACCUUGGAAAGGGAGGGUGGUGGGUGAGGGCAAGUCGGUGGACAAUAAGCAGGGUAAAGAUCCUAAUGCCAAGGGCGCUUCACAAGGGCGUAGGAUCUUCAUAGGUUGCGUGGUCCAAAGGGGGUCCUGAUGUCGUUUCUGAGUGCCUGAGGGAGGGUGUAUUCAGCCUACAAGGCUGCUGAAUUAAUUGGUAACAUAACUGUUUCCCAUAAUGGCUGCUACCAUGCAAGAAGAUGUCUGCAACCACGUCAAGGUAGUGAUUCGUGUUCGUCCGGAGAAUCAAAAAGAAAGGGAUGGCAACUUUAAGAAAGUGCUCCAGGUGGUCGACAAGCACAUGUUGGUCUUUGAUCCAAAGGUGGAAGAAGUCAGUUUUUUUCAUGGAAAGAAACUUCCACAUCGGGAUCUUAACAGAAAGCUAAACAAAGAUCUCAAAUUUGUGUUUGAUGCUGUAUUUGAUGAAAAUUCUUCACAGUUGGAGGUCUUUGAGCAUACUACCAAAACUAUGCUGGAUGGAUUUUUAAAUGGAUAUAACUGCACAGUGCUUGCAUAUGGGGCAACUGGAGCAGGGAAAACUCAUACAAUGCUAGGGUCACCUCAAGAUCCUGGAGUGAUGUACCUGACUAUGGUGGAGCUCUACAAUUCCAUGAACCGAAUGAAAGAGGAGAAGCAUUGUGCUAUUGCUGUUUCAUACCUUGAGGUCUACAAUGAACAAAUACGUGACUUAUUAGUAAAUUCAGGACCACUGGCUGUUCGUGAAGAUCCUCAAAAAGGAGUAUUGGUUCAUGGGUUAACUUUACAUCAGCCAAAAUCUGCCGAGGAGAUCCUGCAAAUGUUGGAUUAUGGAAACAAAAACAGAACACAGCACCCUACUGAUGUGAAUGCUUCCUCAUCUCGGUCUCAUGCUGUCUUUCAGAUUUAUUUGAGGCAACAGGAUAAGACAGCCAGUAUCAAUCAAAAUGUCCGUAUUGCCAAACUGUCUCUCAUUGACCUGGCAGGAUCUGAGCGUGCCCGUGCCACCAAUGCCAAAGGUGCUCGCUUCAGAGAAGGGGCAAAUAUUAACCGGUCACUGCUAGCUCUUGGCAAUGUCAUAAAUGCUCUGGCAGACCCAAAGAGUAAGAAACAACACAUCCCUUAUCGGAAUAGCAAACUUACUCGGUUACUGAAGGAUUCUCUUGGAGGAAAUUGUCGCACCAUAAUUAUAGCUACUGUUAGUCCUUCUUCUCUGUUCUAUGAUGACACAUAUAACACACUUAAGUAUGCUAACAGAGCCAAGGACAUUAAAUCAUCUCUGAAAAGCAAUAUUGUGAGUCUGGAUAGUCAUAUAAGCCAGUAUGCCAAAAUUUGUGAAGAACAAAAGAAAGAGAUCAUAAUCCUGAAAGAGAAACUGAGAAUCUAUGAGUUAGGAAAAGCAUCUAUUCCUGAGACUCAUGACAGGGGUCAGCAACAGGUGGAGAUAAACAGGUUUAGGCAAAUUUUGAAAUGUUUGUUCGCAAAUCGAGAAGAAAUCAGGAAGGAGUGCCUGAAGCUGGAGCUGCAAUUAAAAGAAAAUGCCUUAAAAACUCAUUAUCAAAAGCAGUGCCAUGAACAAAUUGAAAUGAUGUGUUCUUCAGAGAGAGUGGAUAAGGCAACUGACAAACGGGAUCACCGGCUUGCUUUACUUAAAGUGAGACGUUCACAAAUGGAGGAAAAAAAAGAGGAGGAGCUGAAAAACUUCGAAGAGAACACUAAUUGGUUGCAUCGGGUGGAAAAUGAAAUGUGCCUCCUAGGACAAGAUGGCAAUAUUCCUCAAGAGCUCUCGAAAGAUCUUCAGUGCUGUCACUUGAAAAUGGAAGUUAAAGAUUUGAAGACUCAGAUGGAAUACAUGAGAAUUCUAGCCUCCCUCCAAGAGCAGCAGCAUAAGCAGACAGAAAAAAUACUGAAUGCUUCGCUUCCAGUUCUAAGAAAGCAGUACAUAGCUCUUCAAAAUGGUGGAUUAACAAAUGGUGUAAUAGAAGAUGACUUCAAGGAGCUUGAACAGUUGAUUCAGAGAGAGAAAGCUGUAGUUUGGGCUGACCAGAUGGUUAAAGAUGAACCAAUACAAAGUGUUCAACCUCUGAUGUCUGCUAUCUUGGUAUUUCCACAGCUGGAGAUCAAUCGGAGUACUCCCUGCCGUGUCUUGACUUCAGGAGAAGCUAAAGCCAAUGUUCAAAAUGAAGUACAGUGCAAAAUACCUCAGAAAAAAACAAGGCGGAAGCUAAUGGAUUCUCCCCUGAUGGCACUAAGUCCUGAACAGCACAGUCAGUCAAGCCCUAAUAAUCUGGUGGAUUCCCUCAGCAAGGCACUUCGCCCUAUUGUGUACACACCUGAGAUCUUCAGAAUGCCAAAAGAGGACCUAUGUUCUGAGACUGUGAUAAAACAAGCCUUGCAUACCGCAAGCCUCCAAGAAAGAAAUAGAUGUACAGUACAAAUACAGGGACCAUUAAAACAGGAUAGCCAUAAGGAUAUUGCAUGUAAUGAGAGUCCAGAGAGCCCCAUGAACUCCACAGUCACUCUUUAUGAAUGUAAUGUUGGAAAUUCAGAUGAACAUUCUUCAAAAGAACUGGAACACAAGUCACAGUCAACCAGUGGCAACAGCAAUGUUUUACAAAGACUUGGCCUUCCUUCCUUAUUAAAUAGACACCCAGGACCUAUACAUGAGAAACCAUCUUAUAUGGCAAUGACAUCUGCUGCUGAAAGAAAAAGGAAGUUAUUAAACUCAGUACCAAACAGUGGAUUAACAAAUCAGCAAGAUCACGUAGCUGCAAAGCGUGUUAAACAAGACAACUUCAUAACCACUAAACCUUUGAGGGUAUCUAAAACAGGAAUUAGAACAAGAAGUUGGAAGCAACAUGAUAUGCUGAGAAAACACCUAAAAAAUAGUUCCAAGGAAAAUACAGUAGUAGGCAUGAAACUGAGAAUGUCUAAAAGUAUUCUGAAUGACUCCUCUACAAUGAAAUAAGACGUUCUUCUGUACAGAUAUUAUUUAUUAAAGAGAAAUAAACUCUGUCUUCUCUGCUGUGUUUUUUCUGUUGUCUGUGGUAAUACCUUACCUGAUAAUAUAUGCAGCUGAAAUGUUACAUCAGUAAGUGUUUCAAGAAAAACUAUCAGUUUUAAAUUAUAAAUAAAAAUAGUUGUGGUGCUCUCAUGCGAACAAUAGUUUGUUUCUGCCUCUAAAUAUGUAAUUGGAAACUUCACUCAGCUUUAACAUACAUAGCUGUGUCAUCUCUGCUUUAACUGUACCAAUAUCUUGUAAAAAAACCAUUGUCAAAAACAAGUUUUUGUUUGGGGAAUUUUUAGUUGAUAACAGGUAUGGAUUGUUUGACAGGAGUGUUUUUUUUCCAGAGAAGAUGAUGAUCCACCUUGUCUUGCAUGUUUAUCUCUUUGUGGGAGUAAAUUGUCUUAGAGAUUGGUUUGAACUCUACUCCCCUUCCCCAUUGAUCAUAGAUACACAAGAUACUUGGGUCAUGAAAGCAGAAGGGACAUCAGAUACUUUUGUGAGAGUUGGGAAAUGGUCUUCAAUCAGUAGACCAUGAACGACCUUUCUGCUUUAAUAGCCAGUGUACUUGACCUAAUGCCAAGCUGAUUGCAGGAAAGAUAGAAAGAAUUGAUAAUGAUAAAUGAGAAGUAUGCUCCUGUGCUUAUCGGCCUUUCAAUUUUCAUCUAAAAUAUUUUAAAUUUGUCUGUCUUUGUAUUUUUUAUACACCACUAAAAUAUGAAAGAUACUUUACUGGAAGCAUUUUUAAAUGAAUGUACCUGUUUAGUUUUAAAAUUUUGUACCUAGCUUCCUGAACAACUUGAAUGUAAAAAUGUCCUUGUACCUAGUGUAUAGUCUUUCUACAGUCGCAUGUGUGUUAGUAUUAAGUAGACUUUGUAUACCAUUUAUGAAUAAAGUUUUACUAGUUGUAAA